CCGUGUGCUUGCUUUUAUUAUACCCAAUGUUAGUAUUUAUUCUUGUUCUCUUAUUUUGCAGCUCUUUGCAAAGAGCAAACCUCCAAAAGGUCUUUAUGUCUAUGGAGAUGUUGGCACAGGAAAGACAAUGGUGAUGGACAUGUUCUAUUCUCACUUAGAAGUAGAGAGGAAAAAGAGAGUCCAUUUUCAUGGCUUCAUGCUAGAUGUACACCAGAGAAUACAUCGCCUCAAGCAGAGUUUGCCAAAAAGAAAAGCAGGAUUUAUGGCCAAAUCAUACGACCCAAUUGCACCAGUAGCAGAGGAAAUAAGUGAAGAAGCUUCUCUGUUAUGUUUUGAUGAAUUUCAGGUCACUGACAUUGCUGAUGCCAUGAUUCUGAAACAGCUUUUUGAAAAUCUGUUCCAAAAUGGGGUUGUCGUUGUGGCAACAUCUAACAGGCCGCCAGAAGACCUAUAUAAAAAUGGACUUCAGAGAGCUAAUUUUGUACCAUUCAUUGCUGUGCUGAAGAAGUACUGCAGCACCGUCCAGUUGGAUUCGGGAAUAGACUACAGGAAACGAGUGCUUCCUGCUGCUGGAAAACUUUACUACCUCACAAGUGAAGCUGAUGUGGAGGCUGUCAUGGAUAAGUUGUUUGAUGAGCUGGCUCAGAAACAAAAUGAUUUAACUAGACCAAGGAUUCUAAAAGUGCAAGGCAGAGAGCUGAGGCUGAAUAAAGCGUGUGGAACCAUCGCAGACUUCACAUUUGAAGAGCUGUGUGACAGACCUCUUGGGGCCAGUGACUAUUUGGAAAUAUCCAAGCACUUUGACACAGUCUUUGUUCGCAACAUACCACUUCUUACCAUGGCAAAAAGGACCCAAGCUCGUCGCUUCAUUACGCUUAUUGACACAUUUUAUGAGCAUAAGGUGCGGAUCAUUUGUUCGGCAGUGACUCCUCUCCGGAGCCUGUUCCUGGCAGAGUGUGACAGUGGGGAGCUGGAGGACAACAGAGUGUUGAUGGAUGAUCUGGACUUGAGCCAGGAUUCUGCCAGAGGACUCUCCAUGUUUACAGGGGAAGAGGAGAUCUUUGCGUUUCAGCGAACCAUCUCGCGGCUUACGGAAAUGCAGACUGAGCAGUACUGGAAAGAUGGGGACAGAAGCAUAAAAUAGUUAUAAUUAGAAAAUGAAUAAAAGAACACUAAAAAAAAGUGUGUAAGGAAAUAAAGCUACAGAAUUGGAAUACUUAUUAGCACAAAUGAAAUAAU